AUGCUAGCAUGCCUGAGCCUGGAUCAACAAUACUCCGAAACCUGCAAAGAAGUAAAACUACAUGUGAACCCAUUCAUAAAGCACGUUCUCCAAGAAGUGAAACUCUCUGAUGAAGAGUUGGCCAACAAAGUAACUGUUAAAAUAGCUGGGAAUAACCGCUUGAUACCUGUGCAGAAAGUGACCGAUUCUGAUUUUCAAAUCCUUGCAUCUGUCUUUAUGAACAAUGUGUUUCUUACAGGGCUGGACCUGAGAUACAAUCUCCUAACUGAUGCUGGUGCAGCCCAUAUUGCUGCUUUCAUUCAGGAUAAUCGGUCCCUGCUCUACCUCAAUCUGAUGUUUAAUGACAUUGGUACCCUUGGAGCAGAAUUCAUAGCCAAAGCAAUGCACAGGAAUAAAACACUGUGUUACUUAAGAAUGACAGGCAACAAGAUUGAGAAUAAAGGAGGAAUGUAUUUUGCAGCUAUGAUACAGGUGAACACCACAAUACAGAAGCUAGAUUUUGGAGACUGUGACCUGGGUACGCAGAGCAUUAUAGCUUUGGCAACUGUUUUGAAUCACAAUGAGUCAAUUAAAGCUUUAAAUCUCAACAGGCCAAUUCUGUACAGUGAAGAAGAAGAAACCACCAUCCACAUAGCUUCCAUGCUGAAAGUCAACUGCACCUUGGUGGAAUUGCAUUUAUGUAAACAUGGAAUGAAGAAUUUUGGGAUUGAACGUCUGUGCGAUGCCUUGUACAACAAUAGCACCCUCCGAUAUCUUGAUCUCAGCUGUAACAAAAUUAGCCGAGAUGGCAUGAAGUUUCUAGGACAGCUAUUAAAACAAAACACUACGCUUGAGAUUGUGGAUCUUAAUUUUAACAGGAUAGAGGAUGAUGGUGCUUUCUACCUGAGUGAUGCCCUUGCUACACAUAAUCAGACCCUCCAAGCGCUAGCAGUGACGUACAACAAUCUAUCUGGAGCAGGACUGGUUGCACUUUCAGAUGCCAUGAAAACAAACCCUGUCCUUUCGUACAUCUACAUCUGGGGAAACAAAUUUGAUGAGGCUGCUUGUGUGGCAUUUGCAGAAUUGCUUCAGAGUGGCCGUUUGAAGCCCACUGGAACAGAUGUUGAGCCAUACGAAGUGGAUGGACGUAUAUAUCUUGCUGAAGUCUCCCAUGGCCUUAAGCGUCAUUACUACUGGACACCAAGUUAUGGAGAACCAGAUAACGAAUAUGAAAAUGCAUCUUUAGCAAUAAAUCCUGUUAUAGAACAUUUAUGAAUAUAAUUCUUCUCCCACCCACCCCCUUCAGCAAUGUUUUCAUGUGUGUGCCUUGCA